AGUAGGAGAUGCAGAGUAACUAUAAGCCAUCUAAAUUCUUUUCUAAAGACCAGUGGAGGUACUCUCUAGCAAGAGCACUGGAGUAGAUCUACAUGCAACAAAAUAAAAGUAUCUAUAACUAUAAGUAAGAGCAAGGAAGACAGUAAGGUAAGAAGUGGAUUUUCACAAUUUCGUAGCCUUCCCAACAAGAAUGUCUUCUAAGUCGAGCGCUCCACCGAAGGCGCUCGCACGCGUGGAGCAGAUCGCUGAGCAGGUUGGCGUUAGUCCGCUAACAGUGAAAAUCAGCGCAGGUGCCGCUGUGGGUGCUGCUGUGGGGAUAGCUAUUGUUAUGACAUAGAAAAUCAUGUAGUUCGAAUCGCUUGUUUCCAAAUUUACAUGAGGAUCAACAGAGAAGCGGAUCGAAAAAAGUACAUUCAAAUACAUACAGUUUCUCUCUGUAUAGCUCGCUCAACCAUUUUCCAAUUCUCGCCAUGGCAAGCGAGCACCAUUCCCGAUUGAGGACCCUCCGGUUAACACUAGUGAAACAGCGCCAUGCUACGACGGAGACGGACCGGUGUGGACAUGUGACGCUACGGCGGAGGUGUUUUUUUACUAGAGAGGAAGUUACUCAAAUAACAUAAAGUACUUGUACUACUUGCAGUGGUGAAUAUCAUGUGUACUUCAAUGAGAAAAAGGAUCUUCGCUCCUUCACUUCUUCUAGUGCGACUUCUUAUUAUAGGUGUCCAACAGCGGACUUCUACAACUUAGAGAAUCAAAAAUCCGUAAACGGAUUUUCGAAAAAAAAAUCAAGGUCCCUAUCCGUUUUUCGAAAGCGGGUCCAGCCUCGGAAGCACAAUGUCCGAUGCAAACGGUGCCGCAGCUACUAGAACAGUGCGUAAAAAUAUGUGGAAACGAUUUUUAAGGGUAGUCGUGUGACCUAUCGAAGUCUUCAAUAUCAUGUACCAAUACGUAAUAACAUAAUUCCCAACAUGAUUCCUGUAAUGUGGUCGUAGUGGCGUGGACCUAUGGAGGAUAAGAGUGACUUUGGAAUAAGGGUGAUGCGAGUGGCGAUGGACCCCUUAGAAAAGUAGGAGGUCAGAGGGAGACAAAGACAAUUUAGGAAACUAGGAGUCCAGAGGAUCAUUCUAUUUAUUAAAUAGGAGGGAAAGGAACCAGGGGAUUCGACCUCAUGCCAGGCACAUCAAUCAAUCAAUCAAGGAGGCAAAGGCAAGAAGUUACUGAAGAAUCCGGGACAGGCAAGUUACUCAAUAUUCUAUCUAAGAGUGAGCACGCAAGAAGUUACUCAAGAAUCCGGGACAGGCAAGUUACUCAAUAUUCUAUCUAAGAGUGGAGGCAGAGGCAAGAAGUUAGUCAAGAAUCUAUCUAAGAGUGAGCACUUUCCUGCGAACGGCCUUGUCCGAAAAACGAUGGCCAGGGCGCGCUUGCUCUGCAUCCGUCGCUGUGGAAGAAGUAAUGUUAAUAUCCGUCAUAAAUUGUGGCUCGUACAGAAUGAGAAUGGUCAUCCGCCAUGAUCGUGGAAGUGGAACUAGAUAUGAGGACGACACAAUUUUUCGUUCUAGUUUUAAUGUAACCGCUCUAGAUAUGAGCUGACACCCGUAAAUAAUUACUGGGUAAGUAUAUCAUCAUCAUCAUCAUCAUCAUCAUGAUGUUUCCUUAAUGCAGUUGGACCUGGAAGCAGUAUGCGGCAGACAUAGUCACAGCUGCGAAAGGCUUUGUGGCGUUUGGCACCCCAAGAUUCGGCACCAUCACUAUUUUCGGCUUCAAUGCUCCAGAGUGGCUCAUUAGUUCCAUGGCGGCGCUGCAAUUGUUAAGAAUGGUCGUAGUAAUUUUGAUCAUGUUUGCUCUACUGGUGAUUACAGGGGACUACAGGGGGAUUACUGGUUGAUCAUGUUUGCUCUACUGGUGAUUACAGGGGACUACAGGGGGAUUACUGGUUGAUCAUGUUUGCUCUACUGGUGAUUACAGGGGACUACAGGGGGAUUACUGGUUGAUCAUGUUUGCUCUACUGGUGAUUACAGGGGACUACAGGGGGAUUACUGGUUGAUCAUGUUUGCUCUACUGGUGAUUACAGGGGACUACAGGGGAUUACUGGAUUGGGAUUACAACUGGAUUACUGGAUUUCUCAACCCGAAGACUGGUGGUGACUACGAGGAUGCCCGUCACGAGGAUCUUCACGAUCUUGAUUUAAUAUACCCAGAGACCCCUUAGUUUUUCUUCAAGCAUGUAAAUACCAUUUCUUCAGUCCGCAGCUGCUUCCCAUCUAAAACUUGGCGGCAAAGUAGCCGGAAUCUACCCGACGGACACAGUAGAACACUGCGUCUUCAAAAACAAGCUGACGGGAGCCACCGUUUGUGUUGUCGAGUUAUGUUGAGUGCCGCUGUGCCUUAAGCCCUCUACUUACCCCCCGCUCAUUGGAAUUAUUUAAGUAAUUUGCAGCGGGUUCCCUUUAAUACGUUGGGCAGUGUACUAGAGACUUGUGAACGUAACUACUGACCGAUUCCAUCCACGUUUUUGUUAUCUUCCCUCCUCCACGCCAUUUCAUCUUUCGACGUGGAUAAAGCCAAGAUGGUGUUGGACAACCUGGAUCAGCUGCCUUGCAUGAAAGCGGUCGUCGUGUAUUCGCCGGAGGCCAAAUUUGAAGAAGUGCUGCCAUCAAGCGAUGGGUCAUUUAUGGAAACUAGAACUAGUGUUUUUCCUACUAGCUACUAACAAUCGCCCUUUCGGCUUCGGGGGUUCAGAUUUUUCUGAGAUUGCAGUCCUAUAAUGGGUCGUGCAAAAGCAUCUCCUUCUUUGUCUUCUUCUAAUCCCUCAACAAAGUGCGCAUACAUGAGAUGGGACACCAUGAUGAUGUGGGCGAGCAGCCUAAAAACCGACGCUGAGAUUCAAGCACGAGUAAAGCAGGUCCGCUCUGGUCAUGCAGCAAAUAUUGUUAUGAAGCAAGUGCUUGUUAUUUUGAGUUGAAAGUACUGGUAAUUUACUCGUUGAAAAGUUCGAUGGAUAUGGAUUACUGGAACAGGAAGGCUAUUUGUGGGUAACGAUGGUAAAAGCAUACUCUUUGAAGAUGAGUAUCAAGUAGAGAUCUAAUUCUAAUGAUAAUCAAUCAUGUGCGAAUGACAACAGGUGCUGGAAAAGAAAAACUAUAACUAGUAGUAGCACCGCUAAAAUUCACCGCGGCUAUCACGUUUGACGUUAGAUAACUCAAGAUAUUCCAUAGAUACUCAGCUUCGUGUCUGUUCAUCCCCUAGUAAAAAUAUGGAAUCUACUUCUUUCUAAUAUCUUGUUUACGUCGGGCACGACAGGAAAUCCGAAGGGCGUCAUGCUUUCACACGACAAUAUUUGUGCAACAUGUCGAGUCUUCCUUGCCACGAUCGGUCGCAGCCAACUCAAGGCACCGCAUCGAAUCUUGAGCUACCUACCUCUGCCACACGUAGCAGGCUACUUCAUCGAUGUUGCGACGCCGGUCUUUUUGGUAACUUUCUAGUGCUUGAUGUUCGUGAUGAUGAAACUAGGAUAUAAUGGAGAUAGGAUAAGUAGAUGAAAGUGGAUUAAUCAAUCGCUAGUAAGGAUAUAAGUGCAACAUUUUUCCAGAUAUGAUACAUCACUAAUGGCGUCAUUUGCUAGUUCCAACGAGGGACUCUCUCAACGCUACAUCGGGUACAUGAUUGAUGUUCUCUACUCUCCACAACCACACCAGGAGUAAACCUACCAGUAGUAAACAGAUUCAUGGAGUACCAUCCGCUGAAAUCCAUUUUCAAACUUUAAAGGGCGCCGAAGGAGACAGUACGGCCGUCUAUUUUGCCAGGCCAUACGAUCUCAGAGACGGCACGUUCGGAGCGCGACUGGCCUAUGCCAGACCGACACUUUUUGUCGGUGUCCCACGUGUAUACGAAAAAAUAGCCGAAAAACUCAAGGCAAUAGCAGCAACGGUGCACGGACCCAUGAAAACGGUAUCUGUUCCUAUUCAUGUUUGGUGAUGAUAUAUAGUUUCUUACUAUCAGAACUAGAGCACAUGCGGAAUCGCACAGGCAAGAUGAAGCCGCGAGGGCUCGAAGGUGGGCUUUUGGAGGCCUUCCCGCCUGGCAGUCCCUCGAGAAAAAGGGCCCGGGGCUGGUGGAGGUCCCCCUCGGGCAUCGCGGGGGGCCUUCAGCCCUGAGCCCUGGAACGUAUAUGCAAUCCCUGAAGAUGAUGGAGGAUCGAUUCGACGUGAAGGAUCCACAACCUAACCUGAAACAUCGUACUCAUCAGAUAUCAACAUGGGCAAAGGCCAAGAACCUAGAGCACAUGAGGAAUCGGCAGUAUGGCGGGACUGGGGAGUAUCCUGCGAAUUUUGGUCCGGCAAACUUCGUCAUGGGCAAAGUUCGGGCAAAGCUAGGUCUAGACAAGGCACAGGUCUUAGUUUCCGGUGCAGCCCCGAUAACGCUCGAAACACUCGAAUAUUUCGGGAGUCUAGGUAAUAUUAGAAAGAGGACUUCUAUUAGUUUCCGGAGUCUAGGCCAACACUUGUAUGCUUACGAGAGCUACGCCAACCCUUGAUAGUCUAUCGAUCGGUCUUUUUGCUCUUGUUUAAUGAAGGUGCAGGAAGGCUGAAUGACCUCAAUGCCGUCAGUUAGAAUUUAUUAUGGGCCACGAUAGUUUGGAAACAACUUUUAAGUUUGGAAACAAAACAAGAAAAAAUCCAUCGCAGGUUUACAAAUAGUGGAGACCUACGGCAUGUCAGAAAGUAGUGGUCCGACAACGACGAAUACGCCUCAGACAGUGAAAUGGGGGUCCAUCGGAUUCGCAACUCUUGUUAUGAAAACCUCUGUUCCUAACCUAACCCAUGAUUAUUAACCGAUGAUCAUCUGAGAAAAACCUUUGAUUUCUUAGAGUAGAAGAAGUCUUCUUCUUUAUGUUCAAGUAGAGAAGUGCGUGCGAUUUCUUAGAGUCCUCAACUUAACUACUACGCUUGAUGUCUAAGUCUAAGAACUACUAAAUUUGUCAUUUGAUUUCUUACUCUUUGUAAGAGCUGAAUUUGAAUUUUUGGGAUAGAAGUUGUACUCUGACCACGCUGUUGACGAAGAAGUGGAAUGAUGAACCACAUGCACAACUCAAGGCUCUUUAAUGGCCUCGAACGCUCGCCGCCUCAUAGGUGAGCCACAGUAACCUAACCUGGCCUAACCUAACCAAACCUAACUCCCACGGUGAAGAUCUCAGGACGAACCACAUCCCUCAGAACCACAUCGCUGUCCUUCAUAUUCGGCUUCGAGGUGAAGGUGGUGAACACUAUGGAGAUGAAAGCCAAGGGGUUCCAGCCAGUGCCGGCGUGCAAAGACAUGAUGGCAUUAAGGCUACCGCUAGAGCAUCCCCUCAAUACCAUGAUCCUUGGUUCUGCUUUUUCUAGUGGAAAAAGAAGCCAAGGAUGCUCUCAGGGAUGCGAAUGCGGUAGCUCUAAUGGCACCGACGGAAGCGGAACAAGGCGAGCUCUGUUUUCGAGGAAGAAAUAUCAUGAUGGGCUAUCUAGCAAAUCCAGAUUUGGGCUCAGACCACGUAGACUUAUGGAGCUCAUGAAUCGGAAGUAGGCGAAGGUGCUAACACAGUGGCUAGAGUAGAGAACAACUACAAUGGGAAGGUUCUCACACAUCAAUGGCUAGAGUAGAGAACAACAGUGGGAAGGUUCUAACGAUCUAAUGAAUGUGUCUAAGUGAAAGUAUUGCUGUACAAAUACGCUAGUCAUUGUUGAUGUUCUAAUGCAAGAGGUAAAAAAGAAAAACGAGGAAACAUUCGCUCCUGGUGGCUGGAUCAUGAGCGGAGACAAGGCCUGCAUGGAUAAGAAUGGUAUGAAAUUUGAAAAAAAAGGUUUUCGCAUAAGCAUUUGGAUAAAAUGGUUUUGCUUCUUUUGCUUUCAAUAUUUCAUUGACCCCAUCCCUCCUUUCCUCUCGUCGAACUUAUCCCUCCUUUCCUCUCGUCGAACUUAUCCCUCCUUUCCUCUCGUCGAACUUAUCGCCCCUACCACUAUAGCAUAGAUACCUACUUGACAGCAUACACAUCUAGUGUCAUCACCCUCCCCCUACCACUAUAGCAUAGAUACCUACUUGACAGCACACACAUCUGGUGUCAUCACCCCUUCAGGCUUUUUCCGCAUUACUGGUCGUUACAAAGAGCUGAUCAUCACGGCAGGAGGGGAGAAUGUCGCUCCUGUACCGAUUGAGGACUGGAUAAAGAGCAAUUAUACAGCCAUUAGCAACUGCAUGAUGGUAGGGGACAAGAAGAAAUACAACGUCGUUCUAGUCACGCUCAAGACCAAAGGCGCUACUGGUAUCGCCUAAGAAGUAUUUGAUGAUUCUUCAGGUGCGAAGCUUCAGCUUGCUUUACUAGUCGGUGAAGAGCUUGUUGCGUUGAUGUCGAUCUUUUUCAACUGUUUUGUUUAUAUUGAAAGUCAGAUCUUAUUCGAAGUACGCAGUAGUUGCUGCUUGAGAUAAUGACAGGUGCAGCACUAACAAGAAAACAUUUCCACACAACCUUCAGGGGAGCUUCCCGGCAGCGACGAAUUGGAUGGUGAGGCUUUGAAGAUCGCACCAGGCGUGACCUCGCUAAAAGCUGCUAUCUUUAUGGCUCCUCCAGACAGACAUCUUUGCUAAUCAUCAUAGAGGACAAUGAUGAAUGGGCUGUUGGACGACACGCGGCGCCUAGAAUAGACGGAUCCUACUUAGCUUGGCCAAUACUAUAAUUCUGUACUCGUAUAGCCUUUACCUAACCUUACCUUUUUCCUAGUUAGCUUGGCUCCACCCGUAUUAUCGAGGACAAUGAUGAAUCAUCAUAGUGUAACCAUAUUAAGAGCAUAAUCAUCAUAGAGGACAAUGAUGGGAAAUACAACACGAACUUCUACUAGAACUUCUAUUUCUAACAUGGCGGAUCCCCGAGUGCAGGCCUACGUGAAAAAGGCAGUGGAAGAUGUGAACAAGCAACAUGGAGUGGUCAUAUCCAACGCCUGCCGAGUCGUGGAUUUCCGUAUUCUGCCUCGCGACUUCAGCGUCCAGACCGAAGAGUUCACGCCAACCCUAAAGUUAAGAAUUGUUUAUAGUACCUUAUCAUAUUAUUUAUCAUAUUUUUUAUACCAGCUAGUAUAAGAUACCGAGUAGUAUACUGCUCAUCCUUCAGCGCAGGAGCAUACCUGAAAAGUAAGACGAGGCACUUUUCCUUUCAAGUAGGUGGAUCUUGCAGCUGAGAGGUCUCAAUUCUGGGCAGGACUCUAAUGAAGUUAAAACGCUCCGUGGCGAUGAAGAUCUGGCAAGAAGUGGUAGACCAGAUGUAUCCGGCCGCAUAGACGGUGGACUUGGUGGCAAUGUAUCCCGCUGCGUAGAAGGUGAACUCGGUUAAGGGGUCGCGUGGUAAGGAAGAACACACGAAUAUUUCUAUAGUGCAAGCACGUCUUGGUACCUGUAUCAUCCAUGACGUCGAGAGUAAGACCUGUACUAGGCGUGCUUGUUUCCUUUAUACCAUUAUUUUUUGAUGACUGUGACUUUUCAUAUUAAGUGCUGAAGAAUAGUGAAAUAGACUUGCUAAUAUCGCUUCUAAAAGUGAAAGUAAACGCUUCUAAAUGAGACCACCGGAGAAAUGAAAAUAUAUCUGGUAGACGAUUAGUAUGGAGUAAGAAGUUACAGAAGUACAACUAUAGGCGACUGGAUUACAACACAGCGCAGUUAUCGUCCACAACAAGUAGGUAUCCCUAAGCAGGUAAUCGCGGUAUUCUUCCCACUGCUGAGCUUGACGAGGUCACCUCAACAGCUCAGCAGCAGAUUGGACUCUUUACGUCUGGGUAGCUCUUCAUGACACCAAGCUUUUGUUCCUUGAUCAUUUUCCGACUUUUUAAGAGUGAUACAGAGUUCUUCUUACUUGUCAUGCGAAUAAACGCCAACAGUAGAAGCUCCAGCACAUCGCAUUUGAUGAUAACAUCAAAAUGUGCAUAGAUUUCCUCUGUCGAAUCAUAUUAUACUACAUGUUGAGAGCCAUUCUAACGCAUAGACACUCUCUCAACCAAUCUUCUCUUCCUCGUUCUCUCUCUCUUUGCUUCGUUUCUCUCGCACUUAAUAUCUCACGCUUUUUACUACGUCAUUCUAGUAACGCAUAUUAAUUUUCCAGGAGUAUGGCAUGGUCACGAGCCAUCUCAUAAUUACAAGUUCAAGUUCUUUCCGUUUCCCUGUGAGGAAGUCAGAUGAAGUUUUCUUUUGUAAUUAUUCAGAAUCUUCGCAGGAUUAGAACUCCAUACAAGUACUCGCUUCUGUAAUUAUUACUCUUAUCGUUGACCUCUACAAGAGAAAAGUCAUCAUAGAUAUCGACGUGAGUUCCAACGAUUGGGUGGGGGGUUUAACAAGUUGAACAUACAACCAGAUGAAAUAGAAAUUGUAAGAAAAAACGACGCAGCAGGGUGACAUAGGGUUAAUAGUUCCGCGGCCAUCUUUGU